CCCUCUUUUCCAGCCUCCCCCCCCCCCCCCCAUGGCCUGUCCUGAAGUGGCUUCUGCCCCUUUGUCUGUCUGCGCUGGAGUCUCGGCUGGCCCUUGACCCUUGACCCUCAAUGAAGACCCACAGGUUAUGCUGCCCCCUCCUCGCCCUCUGAGCCCCCGGGAGAAGGAGAAGGGAUAGCCAGAGCCAGACCCUGCUGACCCUCCGCCCGUCCUUCCGUCCGUCCGUCUUCCCCUGCAGACCAUGGAGCUCCACCACAUCAUCUCCUCCGCCUUCGAGGGGCCGGAGCAGGAGGCCCCGGGCCCCUCGUCGUCGUCCCCGCCCCCCUUUGGGCCCCAGGAGGAGGAGCGGGACCUGAGCAAGGCUCUGCGAGUGGAGCGCUUCGAUGAGAUCCUGCAGGACUCGCACCCGCGCAACGUGGAGGAGGCCGGCCGCAGCUACAGCGAGGAGGACUUUGAGUACCACCGGCAGUCCUCCCACCACAUCCACCACCCGCUGUCCAGCCACUUGCCCUCGGAGGGCCGGCGGAAGAAGGGAAGAAGAAAGCGGCCCCCCCGCCCCCAGCGGGCCUCCCUCCCCGGGGAGACGCCCAUCAUCCCCGAGGAAGAGGCCGAGGGCGAGGAGGAGGAGGAGGGCGAGGAGGAGGCGGGGGACACUGCCGAGGAGGCCGAGCAGAGCCCCCCCCAGCGGCGCCCACAGGGGGGCUCCCGGGACGGCGUGCAGUUCUUCCUCCCAGAGGACGAUGCGGUGGACCGACAAGCGGAGGGGGGCUACAGCACUCCGGGCCGCCUCCCCAGCCCCACCUCCGACGUCAGAGAGACCCCCGGGCCCUCUUCCAGGGGCCGCCGGCCCAGCAGCCCAGAUGAGGAGGACCCCGAGGGUCUUGGGGCCGAGGGGGGCUCCUCGGGGCGCCUGCCCUCCAAGCCGCAGCCCGGGCACCGCAGCUACAACCUCAACGAGCGCCGGCGCAUCGGCAGCCAGACGGGCAUCGACCAGGCCCGCUUGCCCAAGGUGCCCACAGACGAGUCGGAGGCCCAGACCCUGGCCUCCGUGGACCUGGACUACAUGAAGAGCCACAGGUUCGAGGAUGUGCCUGGGGUGCGGCGGCACUUGGUCCGGAAGAGCACCAAGGGGCAGGUGGUGCACCUGGGCAAGGACCGCAGGGAGUCCAGCACCCGGACGCGCAAGACGGAUCGCCAGCCCCACGAGGUGUUUGUGGAGCUGAACGAGCUGAUUGUGGACAAGAACCAGGAGAUGCAGUGGAAGGAGACGGCGCGCUGGAUCAAGUUCGAGGAGGACGUGGAGGAGGAGACGGACCGCUGGGGGAAGCCCCACGUGGCCUCCCUCUCCUUCCGCAGCCUCCUGGAGCUGCGCAGGACCCUCUCUCACGGUGCUGUCCUCCUGGACCUGGACCAGAAGACCCUCCCGGGGGUGGCCCACCAGGUGGUGGAGCAGAUGAUCAUCUCGGACCAGAUCCGGGCCGAGGACCGGGCCAACGUGCUGCGGGCGCUCCUGCUCAAGCACAGCCACCCCUCGGACGAGAAGGAGUUCUCCUUCCCGCGCAACAUCUCUGCCGGCUCCCUGGGCUCCCUCCUGAGCCACCACCACAGCACCAACCACAUCGGAGACUCUGCGGAGCCGGCGGUCACCGACCCUCUCAUCGGGGGCCACAUGGAGCAAGAGACCCGGGUGGACAUCGAGAAGGAGAAGGAAGUGCCCUCUCCUGUCGUGAGCAGCAUCUCCCGCUCCAAGUCCAAGCAUGAGCUCAAGCUGCUGGAGAAGAUCCCGGAAAACGCCGAGGCCACCGUGGUCCUUGUGGGGUCGGUGGACUUCCUGGACCAGCCCACCAUGGCCUUUGUGCGGCUGCAGGAGGCGGCCCAGCUGGACGCGGUGCUGGAGGUGCCCAUCCCGGUCCGGUUCCUCUUCGUGCUGCUGGGCCCCCAGAGCGCCAACAUGGACUACCACGAGAUCGGGCGCUCCAUCUCCACCCUCAUGUCCGACAAGCAAUUCCACGAAGCGGCCUACCUGGCGGACGACCGGCAGGACCUGCUCCACGCCAUCAACGAGUUCCUGGACUGCAGCGUGGUGCUGCCGCCCUCCGAGGUGCAAGGCGAGGAGCUCCUGCGCAGCGUGGCCAACUUCCAGCGCGAGAUGCUGCGCCGAAGGGAGGAGCAGGAGCGGAGGCAGUUCCUGGGGCCGGAGGCCGAGCCCAAGUCCCCCGAGGAGAAAGCGCUCCUGAAGCUGACGGUGGAGGAGGCCGAGGAGCCGGACCCCCUCCGCCGGACGGGGCGCCUCUUUGGGGGUCUGGUGCGGGACGCCCGCCGGCGCUUUCCGCAAUACCUGAGCGACUUCCGGGACGCGCUGAACCCCCAGUGCGUGGCCGCCGUCAUCUUCAUCUACUUCGCCGCCCUGUCCCCCGCCAUCACCUUCGGGGGGCUGCUGGGAGAGAAGACCCACGGGCUGAUUGGGGUCUCGGAGCUGAUCAUCGCCACCGCGGUGCAAGGCCUGGUCUUCUGCCUGGUGGGGGCCCAGCCCCUCCUCAUCAUCGGCUUCUCGGGGCCGCUCCUGGUCUUCGAGGAGGCCUUCUUCACAUUCAGCAUCUCCUACGGCCUGGACUACCUGGUGGGCCGCGUCUGGAUCGGCCUGUGGCUGAUUGUGAUCGUGGUCGUGAUGGUGGCCGUGGAGGGCAGCUUCCUGGUGCGCUAUGUCACCCGCUUCACCCAGGAGAUCUUUGCCUUCCUCAUCGCCCUCAUCUUCAUCUACGAGACCUUCUUCAAGCUGUUCAAGAUCUUCCAGGCGCACCCCCUGAACAACUGCCUGCGGCCCAACACCACCGACCACCCCAUGGACCCGGAAGGGAACUGGACCACCGGCAACACCACGGCGUUUGUGGGCGAGCUGACCGGCCAGCCCAACACGGCCCUGCUGUCCCUGGUGCUGAUGGCCGGCACCUUCUUCAUCGCCUUCUUCCUGCGCAAGUUCAAGAACAGCCGCUUCUUCCCUGGCCGGGUCCGGCGGAUGAUUGGCGACUUCGGAGUGCCCAUCGCCAUCCUGGUCAUGGUGCUGGUGGACUACAACAUCCGGGACACCUACACCCAGAAACUGUCGGUGCCGCGGGGCCUGUCCGUCACAGACCCUGACAAGCGGGGCUGGGUGAUCAACCCCCUGGGCGAGGUGGACCCCUUCCCCGUCUGGAUGAUGGUGGGCUGCGGGCUGCCGGCCAUGCUGGUCUUCAUCCUCAUCUUCAUGGAGACGCAGAUCACCACGCUGAUCAUCAGCAAGAAGGAGCGGAAGCUGCGCAAGGGCUCCGGCUUCCACCUGGACCUGCUGAUCAUCGUGGCCCUGGGGGGCUUCUGCGCCCUCUUCGGCCUCCCCUGGCUGACCGCGGCCACCGUGCGCUCCGUCACCCACACCAACGCCCUGACCGUCAUGAGCAAAGCGGUGGCCCCCGGGGACAAGCCCAAGGUCCAGGAGGUCAGGGAGCAGCGCGUCACGGGCUUCCUGGUGGCCUUCCUCGUGGGCCUGUCCAUUGUGAUCAGCGACCUCCUGCGCAAGAUCCCGCUGUCCGUGCUUUUCGGGAUCUUCCUCUACAUGGGGAUCACCUCGCUGAACGGGAUCCAGUUCUACGAGCGCCUCAAGCUGCUGCUGAUGCCCGCCAAGCACCACCCAGAGGUCUCCUACGUCAAGAAGGUGCGGACGGUGCGCAUGCACCUGUUCACCCUCCUGCAGCUGAGCUGCCUGGCGGUGCUGUGGGCCGUCAUGUCCACCGUGGCCUCGCUGGCCUUCCCCUUCAUCCUCAUCCUCACCGUCCCGCUCCGCAUGUGCCUCCUCAGCCGCAUCUUCACCCAGAGAGAGCUCCAGUGUCUGGAUGCCGCCGAGGUCGAACCCAUCCUGGACCCGAGGACCGGGCAGGACGAGUACUACGAGAUGCCGAUGCCCGUCUGACGGGCCCCGGACAGCGUGGUCGAAGCCCCGGGAAAGGGGCCGGAGCGGCUUCCUGUGGUCUGGGCGGGGCCCACGGCUUGCGCCCCCACCGCGCCCCCCACCGCCACCGAGUGCCUUCCUUCCAGCGUCCGUCCGUCCAUCCAUCUAUCCGUCCGACCCCUCAGGAGGCCUGGCCCCCAAGGAACACACCACGGCCCCCCGCUCUGUUGCCAUCAUGACGUCCGUCUGCAGGAGCCACGGCUGAAUAUCCCGCCCACACUGACCAGCAGCCCCCCUCCCCCGCCCUCCAGGCCAAAGGCCAAAGGGGGGGCACACAAACACAACCCUCUUCUGAAGAGAGACAAUCAGCCCACUGCUCCCCGAAAACAGCGUGACCUUAUUUAAGAGACUAUUUAAAAGUGUCAAUAAAUAGCUUUAUUGCCGCCAUCCGGGUGGGGCACGCCCCCUCCCCUCCUGCCGGGACCGCUUUGGGAAAGAACGAGAGGAAAGGCUGCUGCGCAGGAAACACAGGACCGGACCCCGGAUCAAGGAGCAGAGGCCUGGCUUUGGCAGCCAAUCUUUGGACGCAUGGCAGAUUGGGGGGGGGGGGGGGGGCAGUGCCAAUAAAGCCAAGAGCCUGCCUGCACUCCUCACUCCCACGCUUCAUUCGGCCGAGGGUCCCUCACAGGAAGGUCCACCCCGUCUUUCCUUCCGCUCAGGACUGGGGCUCCUUCAGCUUCCUCUGCAGGUAUUGCUGGGUCUCCUCCAGGCCCUGCAGCCUCUCCAGCUCCCAAUACGGCAGCUGAUUCAGGACCGGGGGGGGGGGGGGACAAAUUAUUAUUUAUUAUUGACAGCAUUUGCAUUCGCCCUUCUCACCCCGAAGGGGACUCAGGGUGGAUCACAGAAAACAUAUAUGGCUAACAUUCAGUGCGGAUUAUACACGGACAAGGCAUGCAAGCAAUAAGAGGUAUCCUAUAGGCUUUCCCCAUCUUUUCCGCAUCUCUGGAGGCUGUGCUCAGUUCCGGCCACCGGGGGCGCUGUCGCUCCAUCUCCUUGCCAAAGAGCUUUCUUUGUUCACAACUUUUCCUCCUUUCUGCUCUACCGAAAAUACCUCCCCGCUUUAAUGCGGUUCCUAUUUAUCUACCCACAUGGCUGUUUUCGAUCCGCUAGGUGGGCAGGAAGCUGGGCUGAAGGUCAGGAGCUCACCCUGACCCUGCUUCGAACUGUCAACCUUUCGGUUGGCAAAAUAUACUGCAGUGAUUCGCCUGCUGUGCUAAAGCCAACCCAGGGAGACCCCUCCUCUUCUUCCACUGCCCUCAUGCCAUGUCCCACUCCCCACGGCCAGAAUGAAAGGGGGUCUCCACCCAGUCCAAGGGUCUCACCUGGAGGAGCUGGAAGCCCAGGAGGCGCAGAUGCCGCAUGCGCAUGGACCGGGAGCCCACCAAGACGCCCGAGUUGCGGCAGUAGUGCCACUUAUCAUUGACGGACAGUACCAGCCUGUUGGAAUUGGGUUGGGGGUCAGUAGGGGGGGGCAGGGUGAGCUGCCACUGGUGCCCCCUCCCUCCCUGGCUCCCCACCAGAAGGGAACAGGCCCACAACCCUUCCAUCCCCAUUGGGAUUCUGCACCUAAGGCAGGCCCCCUCCCCACAGAAGAGGGGCAAAGAAGGAGCCUGGGGUGUCCCUCUGCAGCAUGCACCCCCCCUGCGCCCCCCGCUUUGCCCAUAGACACCUGUGGGGUUUGUCUGCCUCCAGCGGCCCCUUAUCCUGCCAGGUCCCCUCGGUGGUAGAGCCUUCGGGAAGGGCACCCUGGCCCUGUUCUUUGGGGGUCUCGGUGGGAGUGGCCCCCGGGAGCCCCCCAAUGGGAAGAACUUCCCCCGAAAGAGAGGAGACGCGGAGCAGGAAGUCUGUGGAAGAGGAAGAAAACGAGACAGGGAUGUUGUUGGACACCAAGGACUGCAAGAGGGGGGGGCACUUAGGAUGCCGGUUCCAGAGACCUAGAUGGCCAAGAGGCGCUUUGCACAUGCUCAGGGGCAACCCCCUCUUCUCCAGGCAGAACAAGGAGGGUGUGACGGGCAGGAGGAAGGCGAUGGUGGCAUUACACCCCGGAGAUGGGGAACCAGCCAAAGCUCUUAACGAGGAGGCGAGCAAAGUGCCUGCUCUGUAAACACUCCCCGCAAACCUCCCUGUCGCUAAAAAUAGUUGCAGGAAAAAGGUUCAAUAAAGUCACACUUUGCAAAUG